UGUGCCUCUUUGUAAGCCUAUCGUCGGCUCAUACUAAGUUGCUAUGGCUUCCAUCGGCUGGGUGUUACUGCUCUUUCUUGCUCAGCUCCACACACUACUCUCCACCUCCAUUGCCCACCGCGCUGAUGGUGGUAACCUCACUCACCUCCCUGUCUCAUUUUUGUGCCAUCCAAACCAAGCUAAGGCGCUCCUCCAGCUGAAGAAGUCCUUCUCCUUCAGCAGAUCCACUACCAGGCUUUCAUCAUGGCGAAAUGGUACCGACUGUUGUCUCUGGGAGGGUGUUGGCUGUGACCCUUCGUCUGGCCAUGUCACCAUUCUCGACCUCAACAACCGUUGCUUGUCAAGUCAUGGCUUGGACCCUGCACUCUUCAGCCUCAUAUCACUUUGGCGACUCGACCUUAGCAUGAAUGACAUCGGUGGAGACAACAUCCAAUCUGCUGGUUUUGAGAGGUUCACUUUUUUAACCCACCUAAACCUUUCCAAUUCAGGAUUAUAUGGUCAGAUACCUCCUAGCAUCAGUAAACUAGUGAACCUUCUCUCAUUGGAUCUUUCAACAUACAAUAUUGAUUAUUCUCUCGGUUUUUAUGGUCCAAACUAUUAUGAUUAUUAUAACAAUUUAUGGGAAUCAAGUUUUGAUACCUUUGUGGCAAACCUCAGCAACUUAAGAGAGCUCUACCUUGACUCGGUGGAUUUGUCUAAUAGUGGAGAAGAGUGGGGCACAUCUCUUGCUGCAUAUGUUCCUCAACUUCAGGUACUUAGUUUGGCUGAUUGUUCCCUGAGUGGUCCUAUUCAUAAAGCGCUCUCGAGACUCCAUUCUCUUGUUGUGAUCAACCUCCAAGGAAACUUUGAUGCAGCUGCUGGUCCAUUUCCAGAGUUCUUCAUGGAUUUUCCCAAUUUAACCGUGCUUCAACUUUCUGAGACAAAUCUUGAGGGGCGGUUACCCUCUAGACCCUUUCAAUCGAAAAAUUUAAGGGUCCUCGAUUUGUCCUAUAAUAUGAAUCUCUCAGGCCAUGUGCCAAACUUUUCUAAUGCCAGCUCUUUAGAAACUUUGAGACUAGAUGGGACCAACUUUGUAUAUGCCAUACCAACGCCUUCUAGUAAUUUUGCGUCGCUGAAGGAGUUGGCCCUUAACAGGAAUUUAAUUUCUGUGGAUUUUCUCUCUGCAUUCGGUAGACUUAAGUCUCUACACCAGUUGGACCUUCAUUGUUUUUUGGAUAAUGAGUUGGACAUCGAUUUGGACUCAGGAAGCGACUUAGGUCCAAUUUUCUCAUGGAUUGGCCAGCACAAAAACCUAACAAGUUUGGGACUCUUUGGAUGUAACUUCUCUGGGGUACCGCCUAUCUUACUUAGCAACUUCAUGAACUUGAAAAACUUGGAAAUAGAUAACUGCGACCUCCCAAGUCCAGUACUUCAUGCAGUUGGAAACCUCACGGGCUUGCAAACACUUGAAAUGCAUUAUUGCACAACAUAUGGCUCCAUGCCAUCUUCUAUCGGCAACCUCACAAAUUUGAGAAACUUGUAUAUAUUAUCUUGGUUUUCAGGACCAAUGCCAGCUGCAAUUGGUGAACUCACAAAUUUGAGAAACUUGUAUAUUGAGGGUGCUGGAUUUUCAGGACCAAUGCCAGAUGCAAUUGGUGAACUCACAAAUUUGAGAAACUUGUAUAUCGAGUUUGCUUGGUUUUCAGGACCAAUGCCAGCUGCAAUUGGUGAACUCACAAAUUUGAGAAACAUGUAUAUAGCACACUGUGGGUUUUCAGGGCCAAUGCCGCCUGCAAUUGGCAAGCUCACAAAUUUGAGAAACAUGUAUAUCGUGGAUUCUGGGUUUUCAGGUUCAAUGCCGGCUCCAAUUGGCAACCUCACUAACUUGGAAGCCAUGGACAUUCAUGGUUGUCAGAUUUCUGGGUUGAUACCUUAUGCAAUUGGGCAGCUCAAUAAGUUGAGAUGGUUAGUUCUUCGAGGUUGCAAUUUUUCCGGAAGCAUACCAAGCUCAAUUGUUAAUUUGACCCAGCUAACAAUGCUGGAUCUUUCUUCUAAUUCUCUCAACGGGGAGAUUCCACCAUCUAUUUUCAGUCUUCCUAUAUUAAAUCGCCUUGAUCUCUCUUUCAACCAGCUUUCUGGCCCUAUACAAGGCUUUGACAAGGCAGGUCCACAGUUGGAGACCGUGAGGUUCAAGAACAAUGAAUUGUCAGGUUUUAUUCCCAAAGCCAUCUUUCAACUAACAAGUUUAGUAUAUAUAGAUGUUAGCUCAAACAACUUGAUAGGUUCCGUGGACCUUGCACAUUUUCGGAGAUUAACUUACUUCGCUGUUUUGAAUCUUUCCUACAAUAAGUUGCAUGUCAUGGCCUCAGAAGAUAAUAAUCCAGUGGAAACCAGCUAUUUGGCUGGACUACGAGAAUUAAGGCUCGCAUCUUGCAAGAUAACUCAGUUUCCAAGAUUUUUGAGGCAUGUUGACCAUAUAUCGUAUUUGGAUCUUUCAUGUAAUAAAAUCAGUGGGGAUAUACCAAAUUGGAUCUGGGAGACGACAUGGAAUGAUAUGGAAUCUCAUUUGAAUUUUUCACAUAACAUGUUCACGGGCAUGCAACUUAAUUCGGAUGUUGUCCCUUUCAAUACAUCAAUGGAAGUGCUUGAUCUUAGUUUCAAUAGACUUUCAGGGAUGAUCCCUAUGCCAAAAUUAUCAGGAGAAAUCUUGGAUUAUUCCAACAACAUGUUCUCUUCCCUUCUGCCAAAUUGGACCACCUAUCUUCGGGACACCAUGUAUCUCAGCAUGUCCAAAAAUAAUAUACCUGGAUGUCCUUGAUCUAUCAUAUAACUACUUUAAUGGCCCGAUUCCACCUUGUUUUAUAGAAAAUAUCCCCAGCGGUGUUUUAAAUUUGAGGGAGAAUCGCUUGAAAGGGAUGCUGCCUUCCAAUAUAACAACAAGAUGUGCUUUACAGAUGAUAGAUUUACAUGGCAAUAAGAUCGAAGGGAGGCUUCCUAGGGGCCUUUCUAACUGUACAGACUUGGAGGUUAUAGACUUUGGAAGCAACAAAAUAGCUGAUGCUUUUCCUUCUUGGUUGAGGGGGCUUCCCAAGCUUUCUGUACUCGUCCUGAGAUCAAACCAAAUGUAUGGCACCAUAGGUGAUAUUGUUGGGGACACAAAACGUGAGGAAUGUUUCCCUAGCUUGCAAAUUAUCGAUCUUGCCUCAAACAAUUUCUCUGGUACUUUGAGGCCACAAUGGUUCAAGCAGUUAAAGUCAAUGAUGGCAGAGUUUAAUAGUUCUGGGAAAACUCUCGAAAUUCUAAACACUAUAAAUGUCAAUGACAGAGAACAUUCAUAUCAAUAUUCUGUUGAGAUCAUGUACAAGGGGGCAGAUAUGCCAUUUGGAAGGAUGCUGACUACCGUAACAGCAAUUGACUUCUCAAAAAAUAGUUUGGAGGGUACUAUUCCUGAAACAUUUGGAAGCCUUGUAUCACUACGCGUACUGAGUCUGUCACACAAUGCCUUCACUGGAAAAAUUCCAGCCCAACUUGGAAGCAUGACUGAUUUGGAGUCACUAGACCUGUCCUGCAACCAACUCUCAGGGGACAUUCCACAAGAGCUAACUGAUCUCACCUUUCUUGGCUCCCUAAACUUGUCAUACAAUCACUUGGUGGGGAAGAUACCGCAGUCACGUCAGUUCUCUACAUUUGACAGCAGCUCAUUUGAAGGGAAUGCUGGAUUGUGUGGGCUGCAAUUGCCAAAAUUUCCUUGUGGUAGUUCACCUCACUCUCCAGGUGUGGCACAUGGGGACAAGUCUUCUCGUCAUAUUGAUGUGGUUUUGUUUCUCUUCGUUGGGCUUGGCUUCGGCGUUGGCUUUGCAGCUGCUAUUGUGGUCAAAUGGGACCGGUUUGGCAGACGUUUCUAUUGCAACUGCAAGAGUCUCGCGUACUUGAUCACCACUAGAAGGUGAUAUUUUUUUUCUCUGCAAAUACAGCAUUAUACUUUCCUGGAAGCUAAGGGAGCUAUGAUGAGGCACUAAGGUUUAUUGCACUGUACCUAGCUUCCAGUUGUAUUUCUAAGCCUAUUUCCAUAGUCAUUACUUCGGUAUUGUACUUAUAUGUUAAUCUUCCUUUCGGUACAUCAAGAGCGCAGUGCUAAAGUAUCUGGCCUUGCACGAAAUCUGAAACUUAAUUAUGAAAUGCGAGCUAACUUGUGUAGCUGGCCUUACACAA